AAGAGGAAAUGGCAGCUCACUGGUCUCAGACUUAUCUGAUGCUGCACCUCAGGGAAGCCAACUGCUAUUUUCUGUCCCUUCUGCAACAGCAAAAAGUGCACUAAGUAGAAGUAGUCUGAAUUCAAAAUGCUGAAGAGAAAACCAUCCAAUGUUUCAGAAAAGGAGAAACAUCAAAAACCAAAGCGCAGCAGCAGUUUUGGGAAUUUUGAUCGUUUUCGCAAUAAUUCAUUUUCAAAACCAGAUGAGUCAACUGAGGUACAUGAAGGGGAACCCAAAACUGAAAAUGGAGAACAAAACAAAACUUCAAAUAAUGGAGGAAGUCUGAGUAAGAAAAUGAGAGCUAUUUCCUGGACAAUGAAGAAGAAAGUGGGGAAAAAGUACAUCAAAGCCCUUUCUGAAGAAAAGGAUGGAGAAGAUGGAGAGGAUGCUCUGCCAUGUCGGAACAGUGACCCCAUGAUUGGGACCCACACGGAGAAGGUCUCGCUCAAAGCCAGUGACUCCAUGGAUAGUCUCUACAGCGGGCAAAGCUCAUCAAGUGGCAUAACAAGUUGUUCAGAUGGCACAAGUAACAGGGACAGUUUUCGACUGGACUAUGAUGGCCCAUAUGCAGGAUCGUUCUGUGGCCGGGCCAGAGUACACACAGAUUUCACGCCAAGUCCCUAUGACACCGACUCCCUCAAAAUUAAGAAAGGAGACAUCAUAGACAUUAUCUGCAAAACACCAAUGGGGAUUUGGACGGGAAUGUUGAACAAUAAAGUGGGAAACUUCAAGUUUAUUUAUGUGGAUGUCAUCUCAGAAGAGGAAGCAGCCCCUAAGAAAAUAAAAGCACACCGAGGGGGUAAAAGACAAAAACCAAAGAGUCUUCAGGAGUUCUUAGAACAGAUUCACCUUCAGGAAUAUACCUCAACACUUUUGCUUAAUGGAUAUGAGACUCUAGAAGAUUUAAAGGAUGUAAAAGAGAGUCAUCUCAUUGAAUUAAACAUUGCAAACCCAGAAGACAGAAUGAGGUUACUAUCAGCUGCUGAAAGCCUCCUUGAUGAAGAAACUAUUGAAGAAGAAGAAAAUGAAUCUGUGCCUCUAUCCUUAAGCCCGGACAUAUCCUUAAAUAAGUCACAGUUAGAUAACUGCCCAAGGGACUCCGGUUGUUAUAUCUCAUCAGGAAAUUCAGAUAAUGGCAAAGAAGAUCUGGAGUCUGAAAAUCUGCCUGACAUGGUACAGAAGAUAACUAUCACAGAGUCAAGUGACUGAAUGCACAUUCUCAACUGCAUAUCUACAGAUGCACCCUCUUCACUGUUGUGCUAGGCAGUUAGCCGGAAGAGGAAGAAAGAUACUUGUAAAUACAACCCAAGGUUAAAACACUUUAACUUGAAUUAUUGUACAUAACAUUUAUAUCUUGAACUUUCCAGGAAUUACAAAUAAAAUGUAUAUUCAUUUUGAAUACUAUGUUAAUAUUGCACUUACCUCUAUCAGAAAUACGUGCAGAGUAAGACUUUGCUAUGUAGCAGAUAUGCUUCAUUUUCCAAGUUAAUGAUGAAACCUGAGGGAAAAAUUAUUUCUUCCACCUUCCAGAAUUGAUUUUGUGUAUAUUUUUACAUGACUAGUAAUGAAGGGUAUUUCUUUUGAAUCAGUUUGCUCAAGACCAUCUAUACUCACUUUUAUAUUUAUUAGGAAAGUGUGUUACUGUUGAAGGCAUUUUAUCCUGACCCACAGUACCUUUGGUAAUUAUUUUUGUUUAUUUCUUAACUAUGUUAUCUCAUCUAACAUGUAGAUAAUACAUUGACACUCAAUUUAGUAAAACUUUUAAAAAUUAUAUAGAUGUUUUAUGUUCAAGUGUAAAUAUGUUUAAAUUUGAAUACCCCAAUGUUAAUAAUAAAAAGAACUAUACACAUGUAUAUUUUCCAGUCCUGUGUUAUUUAAGGUACAUAAGUAUUAAACUUAAAAAGAAAAUUCUUCCUACCAAAUAAGGUUAUAUAGUUGGUCUUAAUUUUUUUGAAUAUUAGUGAUUCCCAAAUCAUUAUAUCAGCCUCAACUCACGUAUUUAACUUAAUAUAUCUAUUAUGUAACUUCUUUAAAACCCUUAGGAAAUACUAACCUGACAUACUCAAGUGACUGAUUUUUCUCUAGAAAAUUUUCUCCUUUUUUAUUCCCAGCCAACAUGUAAAUAAACUGAAACAUCUUCAUA